UCAAAAUUAAACCUUGCCCGUUUCAAAAUCAAAAUCGAAGCACUCCCGGCUUGGCCUCGUCCCUCUUUAAUUUCCCCAAAACUAUCGGAUUUCUUCCAUUUUGAUAAUUCUCUCUUCUCGAUCUUUAUCCGCUUCGGGUUUGAGAGGGAAGAGAUAAAAGACAUAUGAAAUGGCGCAUAGAGUAGAUCAUGAAUACGAGUACCUUUUCAAGAUCGUCUUGAUCGGCGAUUCUGGAGUUGGAAAAUCAAAUAUCCUCUCUAGGUACACCAGAAACGAGUUCUGUUUAGAAUCUAAAUCCACUAUCGGCGUCGAGUUUGCUACGAGAACUCUCCAGGUGGAGGGAAAGGCGGUGAAGGCACAGAUAUGGGAUACAGCAGGUCAGGAGAGAUAUCGAGCUAUCACUAGUGCUUACUACAGAGGAGCCGUUGGUGCAAUUCUUGUCUAUGACAUAACCAAGAGGCAAACCUUUGAUAAUGUUCAGAGGUGGCUGCGUGAAUUAAGGAACCAUGCUGAUUCCAACAUCGUCCUCAUGAUGGCUGGAAAUAAGUCUGACUUGAACCAUCUCAGAGCUGUUUCCGAACAGGAUGGUCAAGCCCUGGCCGAGAAGGAAGGGCUUUCUUUUCUCGAAACAUCAGCUUUGGAUGCCACCAACAUCCAGAAGGCAUUCCAAACCAUAUUGACCGAGGUCUACCAUAUCGUAAGCAAAAAGGCAUUGGCAGCACAGGAAGCCAAAGCUAAUGCCUCGAUUCCCGGUCAGGGAACAACCAUUAAUGUGGCUGAGACAUCAGGGAACACUAAGAAAGGAUGCUGUUCUACUUGAAGGGAAAAAAGGUAAUAUUAUUUUUUACUUGAUUGUGAAAUUUUUAAACAAAUCCAUUUGUUAGCAGCUCGAAGAGACUUUUUUUUUAUAUAAAAAAAAUCGACACGUUUUCUUCAAAAGUGGAAGAUGGGAGGUUGGAACUUGGAAGUUCUUUUAGAAACAAAGGUUUAAAUUGUUUUAUUUGAUCAGUCACCAACUUGUAAUAAAAGUGUUAAGACUUGUUUUCCCUAUGUUUUUAAACAUGUCUGUGAGUUAUGUAAAGUGUAUGGUUAUGAGAAUUGAAAGGAACAAAA